AUGAUCGCCCGAAAGAGAAUAACCAAGCGCAGGGGGAGGAGGAACCUCUUCCAAUUGUACCUGAGCAUGCGGGAGGAGAAAUGUCAGAAGGAGGUAGGCCAGGACGAUGCUUAUGGGGAGCCUCCCCAUGGGAUUCACUCAAACCACCAAGGUGGUGCACACCCAAGCGAACAACCUCACAUUAUGCAUAUAGAGAAGCAGGUCAAAAUGAAGCUGGAGGAACAGUCUAGCUUACUCUCCAUCAAGGGAAUUGACAGAGUGGAUGUCCAACAGAAAAAAGGAAAACAUUCAAUCAUUUGUAUUCACUACAUAAAAAACAUGUGUAUGAAGAAUUUGUUUUGUAAUUAUUUACACCAACUUAUAUAUGCAAAAAUACCAGCCUGUAAAAAUUUCCUCAAAAAUAAUUAUUGCGCCGACAAGGUACGCGGAUCCUGUAUGUUCCGACAUACCCAGGACAAUGUCAACCCUGGAGGCUUUUCAGAGAAUAAAGAUGAGCACCUGGAUGAUGUAUUGAAGUUAUUACAUGAUAAAAAUAUUUGUGUGAAUUAUUUGCUUGGCUUUUGUAACUUGGGUUACAAUUGCAAGAGGGUGCACAAGGGCAAAGGAAGGAAAUUCGUUAACCUUAUAAGUAUUCUACCCAAGUUUUACCUCGAUCACAUUUUAAUAAAUCAGCGCGUGUAUGCCCACUUAUACACCAAUCAGAGGAAGCUUUCCUCCGAUAUGAGCAAAUUGAAAGACGCCUUGAUUGUUCUUAGUGGGGAGAAGUAUCAGGAGAAGGUGGCCGUGUCUGCCAAUUCAAACAGUCUUAAAAAUGAUAAGGAAAACUUCCAAACGGAUGACACAUCUGUGAGGAAUCUCGACUACCACCAGCGUGGAGUCAACAGUGAUAUGCAUCGCCACCUUGGGGGAGAUUCAUCCCUCCAAAGAGAUAAUGCUUCCAAUGCACAGAGCAAUAGUAGGUACUACCCCUUCAAAGUGGGGACCAGCAGCGGAGGUACUAACAACUUUGAUGAUUUUGUCCACCCUGCUGACCACAUCACAAUGGCUAGUCGAGAUAGCGAAAAGGGAUUCACACACAACAGAGCCGGUACCAAUGCAGCAGAGAUGAGGAGUCAAGAAAAUCUGAUGACCAUCCCCAACAUAUACGAUAUAAACAAUGAAAUAGUACCAAGUGAAAAAAUAAAAAUUUUUAUAAUCAAGUGUAAUCAAAUGUCAAACUUGUACUUAUCCAUUUUGUAUGGAGUAUGGGCCACGGGAAAAAACAACACCAGGAAAUUUAGCACCCUGUUUAAGGAAAAUUACACUGUUGUGUUCCUUUUCUCUGUUAAUGAAAGUGGAGGGUUUCAAGGGUAUGCUAAAAUGGUAACUGUACCGAUCAAAAAUUUAUAUGAAAAUUUAUGGGGACCCAUAACGAGUAGGUUGGGAGGAAAUUUUCGCAUCCAGUGGAUAAAAAUUGCAAAGAUUGAUUUUGACGCUUUUAAAAAUAUGAAGAAUCCUCUUAACGAGAAUUUGCCUCUGAAAAAAAGCAGAGACGGGACUGAAUUGCCCCUACAUUUGGCCUCCAUCAUAUGCAACAGGAUUUAUGCUUUACCCAGUGAAGACUUUUUGGCGGGGACCAUUUAUGAGUACAAGCGCCGGAUAAACCAUGGCGCCUUUUUUGAGAAUUUGCACAAACAGGGUUUGCUCAACAGCAACACCGUGUGGGACAUGCGCAUAUUUAUCCUCAACCAGCAGUCCGACUGCGAGCGGAUUACCUUCAUCGACGGCACGGAGCAGGCCAUAGGGUAG